CAACAACAACCAGGAGACCGUGGUCCAUCCCGUGAUCGAUCAGAGAUGAAGGAGCUCCACUACCGUGUCUGGUUGCACCUGGCGUGAAAUUGUGAGAAAAGUCACCGUCUGACAUGGAGAUUGCUCUCGUUCAACAAACCAGACACUUUUCCGACCGGCCUAUACUGUUGGUCCUCCUUCUAUACAAUUAGAAGGAUAGAAGAGUCUUUCCAGCAACCAAAUAUCUUGAGAAUACCAUCCAUGAUGCCUGCCCCUGAAAAUGUUGCCAUUUCGGAGGCGGCUGCGGAGGUACGGCCUGAAGCAGAUCCAGUUCAGGAGAGUUCAGGAGCAGCGUCAACACCCCUGGACACCACCUCAACGACUACCGACGAUGUCGCUCUCGCCAGAAACCAAACGUCUUCGUGGAAGGGAUGGGCAGAGAUAGAAAAUGAUCCGGUCGUCUUCAGCACUUUGUUGCGAGAAUGGGGCGUUCCCAAUGUCCAGGUCAACGAAGUUGUGCCACUCGACAGUGUCUUUGAGUAUCCGCCACAGAGCAUUUACGGCCUGAUCUUUCUGUCACGAUGGGCCGCACCGGAAACUGAAAACGAUCUUACAGAGCCUCCUGCAGGAGUUUGGUUCGCAAACCAAACCCUUUCCAAUUCCUGCGCCACGGUUGCUCUAAUGAAUAUCGUCAACAACCACGCGACGAUUAACCUGGGCCAAGCGCUCAACGACUUCCGAGCCAACACUAUGAAUAUGACACCCAAGGAACGAGGCCUUGCCCUAGAUCAUUUCGACCAUGUCAGAGACGUUCACAACUCCUUUGCCACGGAAUUCGACAAGAUGAAUGUUGAUCUUCGUCUCAAGCAGGACAUGACUGCUGCCGAGAAGAAGAAGAAAGCCGCACAGUCCAAGCGGCCACGAAAGAAACUUAAAGCAGAAGACGAAUCUGACGAAGACGAAAGCGGCCUUCACUUCGUCGCAUAUGUGCCUGCUGGCGGGGUGGUAUGGAGGAUGGACGGCCUCGAGCGGCUUCCCCGGAAACUAGGCGUUGUGGACGAGGGAGAUAGCUGGAUCGCGAUGGUUCUUCCAGAGUUACAAGCUCAAUUGGAGUCUGUAACGACCAACUCACUGGAGUAUUCGUUGCUAUCUCUGACAGCAUUGAACGACUCUUGGGGCUUAGAGGCAGACAAGUUGAAAGUAGAGAGAGCGCGCGAGGACUGGGGCCCUUUCCUGGCGCAGAUGGUCAGGAUUCAUGCUGACAAGGGGACUUUGAAGCAGACAUUGGGGUAGAGUUGUGGGGUACCCUGUUGACUGGGUGGCAAGGAGAAGAUCCAGAUCGAUAGCGAGGUAGUUUG